AUGCAGUUCUCCACCAUCUUCACCAUCAUUGCCAGCGCUGUCGCUGUUUCUGCCAUGCCUGCCAUUGGAAAUGCCCCCGGCAACAUCGGCAGCUGCAACUCGCAGACCACCAUUGCGUGCUGCAACGGCGAGAACAGCAGCGGCCUUCUCGGUAACAUCCUCGGUGGCAACUGUGUUCUUCCCAACCUUCUAUCACUCGGCGCCGCCUGCCCAGCAAGCAACACCUUCUGCUGCCCCACAACUCAGAAUGGCGAGCUCAACAUCAACCUCUCCUGCAUUCCCAUCACUCUGUAG